AUGGGGACUUUUACCUUCAAAUGGCCUCAUAGCGCCAGCGAGGUGUUCGUGACCGGCACUUUUGAUGAUUGGGGUAAAACGGUGAAAUUGGACCGUGUGGGUGACGUCUUCAUGAAGGAGGUCUCUCUGCCCGCAGAUAAGAAAGUGCAAUACAAGUUUGUUGUUGACGGCACUUGGACGACCGACAGCCACGCGCGAGAAGAAAACGACGGACACGACAACAUCAACAACGUGCUCUUGCCUGAGGAUAUUCAGGCGCAAAGCUCGACCGAAAACCACACUCCGAAGGCUCUCGGCGACAACCUGAACUCCACCGCACCCGCCAUUAUGUCAGGUGUCACUCCCGAUUCCACCACGGCUGCGCUUGCCGCCGAGGUUCCCAAGGAAGAGUCCAAUAGUGGUCUCCCCGGUGCCUUCCCCGAGACCCCCGUUCAGGAGACUGAGAAAUUGCUUUCCGUGAACCCCAUUCCUGCCUCUGGUGGCCUGGGAAAUCCCAUCACAUUGCAACCCGGCGAGAAGGUCCCGGAACCCAGCUCCAUUCACACCAACACCGUGGACUCAACCGUGAAGCUGGACAAGGAAUCCUACGAAAAGAGUGAUAGUCUGCCCUUGGGUAGCUCCGGCCUUCCCGGUUCCAGCGCCGCCACUGAAACCUCUGCUCUGCCUGCUGAUACGACUCACCUCAUCCCCGAGUCGAGUCUCCCCAUGGGUGGCCCCGCUCAACAGGCGGCCAUGGCCGAUUUGAAUUACACCAUGCAGUCAGCGGCACCAACCUCUACCACUGCUGCCUUGGCAGCGGAGGUCCCUCUUGAGGAGUCCAAGCUUUCCAAUGGCACCGCCGCACCGGCCGCGGAUGUGCCCGAGGUGGUGAAAGAAUCGAUUGGCGAAUCGCACGAAAGCCCGGAGGCAGCCGCGAAUGAGGAGGCUGUGCUGGAGAAGAAGAGACUGGAGGAGGAAUUGCAGAAGCGUGUGUCAGUCGAGCAAUCCACCGGCGCCCAUGCACCGACCACUGUCGCCAAAGACGUCCCCGAGAUCGUAAAGGAGUCGAUCGCCCAAUCCCAUCAGCUUCCGGGAGCGGCUGGGGACGAUGAAAUUGUGAAGGAGAAGCUCACGAUGGAGGAUGAGUUGCAUCAGCGCGUUUCCGUCGAACAAUCCACCGGCGCUCCUGCACCAACCACUGCCGCGAAAGACGCCCCCGAGAUUGUGAAGGAGUCGAUCGCCGAAUCCCACCAGCUCCCUGGGGCCGCAGGAAAUGAGGAGGCCGUGAAGGAGAAACUGAGAAUGGAGGAUGAGUUGCAAAAGCGUGUGUCCGUUGAGCAGUCGGCUGGUGCUGCUGCACCUAUUGUCACCGCGGCUGCUGCUUCUAGCGCUGCAGAGCCCGCCAAAGGUGUCCCCGAGGUUGUGAAGGAGUCUAUUGCUGAAUCCAGCCAGGGGCCCGAAGCCGCCGCCAACCGAGAGGCCGUGACUGAGAAGCAGGCCAUGGAGAGCGAGCUGCGGAAGACUAUCCCCGUCGAACAAUCGACCGGUACUCCUGCACCAGCCAUUGCAGCGACUACGGCUACGGCCACCAGCGCUACAGAGCCCGCCAAGGAUGUCCCCGAGGUCGUGAAGGAGUCUAUUGCUGAAUCCAGCCAGGGGCCCGAAGCCGCCGCCAAUCGAGAGGCCGUCGCCGAGAAGCAGGCCAUGGAAAGCGAACUGCAGAAGACUGUCCCCGUUGUCGAGACUGCUGGUGCUCCUGCACCCGCCACUACCGCCGCGACCCAGGCUGUCGCUCCUGGCGCUGGCUCCCUGUCUGUUCCUCCAGUGGAUUCCUCGAAUGUCUCCCCCACCUCGACCCCUCCCCCUGGUCGCGCUGCUCCCACCUCGGCUGCGCCCGUCUCCGCUCCCCAGUCUACUCAAACACAGGAGGCCCCCAUCGUGACCACUGGUGUGGAGUCAUCUGAGGCCGCGGCCAAGUCUACUCCCAGCAAGCCCACGGAUUCUGCGCAGCAGUCUGCCAAGACCUCUGGCUCUGGUGAACUUCACCCGAAGGAUGACAAGAAAAAGAAGCGUCUCAGUGGGUUCUUCUCAAAGCUGAAGGAGAAGCUGAAGUAG